CAAUUGUCUCAAUUAUCAUUAUGCAGAGAUGUGGUUGUGAGCUAGUCGUGUUGUCCUCUCAUAAAUGAAACAUAACCGGGCAUAAUGAUUGUGAACUGUUUACUAAUAUUAGUGGGUGCAUCGCUCACAUCAUCAGCUGGAAUCCAGGUUCUGUUUCCAGAUUUAAAGCAGUACAGCUACAUCCUCAAAACUAAUGUGUCAGCCGGAACUCCUAGCUCAGACUCUUACUGGACAUUAGAGGCAAGAUUAGUUAUCAUUCUGCUCGACAACUUUACAAGAAUUAGGUUCAAGUUAGAAGAUUAUAAGACAUCUCUGUAUAGCGAGAACUCGGGAUAUUCAUCGUACCAAUCAGAAGAGGCGACCAAAUAUUUCAAUUUACCCUGGGAAGUCGAUUACCAGGAAAAUGGCUUCAUCAGAUAUUUGUACGUGUCAGAUGAACCAGUUUGGUGCACGAACUUGAAGAGGGCUAUUGCGAAUAACUUUCAGCUGAGGAAGGACACAGGGUCUUAUACAAAUGAGGAGCCAUGCCUAUAUGAAAGCUGUCUCAUGGUGUACACGGCAAAUGGGAACACCAUAAGAAAAUACAGCUCCUACCAGAAGGCUUCUACAGUCUCCGAGACCAGUUGGAGUUCGGUGCCAUGGGGAGGAGAUAUUGGGAGGGGACCGCCAGAAAACAUUGCAACUUCCGAAAGAUUGUACGAGUUCAGUGACAAUCGUCUCAGCUCUUUGAACGUGAUGGGAGUGUUUCAGUACAGAGUCAGUGGACAUGUUCUCAGUGUUAAUUCUGAAAUUUCCUUGUACUACGACACUGAGUCCCCAUCACCAACGGUAGAGAAACUGAACAUGACUCGAACCAGCUUACAGUAUCAAGCCGGCAAUUUUGACGACUGGACCACCGGUAUACGAACAGUGCGUCAAUGCGAGUUGCGGAAUAGGACAUAUGAGAUUUUGUUGAAAAUAGCGAAAAAAGGAAUCGAUACAGAUAAUAUUGUCAAAAAUGCGUCUAUGAUUCACAAUUUAGACUUCAUGAAGUUGUUGGACACAGUUACAAAGUUGUCCUACUCAUCCCUGGUGAAGUUGUUCAAAGAUCUAGUCCUAGGUACAAGCUAUGACCUCGAAACAGCUAGAAAUAUAUUUCUAGAGGUCGUACCUCAUGGCAGAAGCGAUGCCUGUGCAAGAUUUAUCAAAUAUUUAGUUGUGGAAGAAAAGGAAAAAAUCGAAGAUGCAACACUUCUUUCGUUAAUCCGCAAACUUCCCUUUAACGUUGCCAAUCACAGUCAAAAUCUUCUCGAGGAGUUAGAGAUCUUCACCAAAUUGGGUCUGGACUUUCCAUCAGACAUCAGGCAUGCUGGUAUUCUGUCCUUCGCUGUGUUGGUGUCCAAGACGGCUGAAGCGAGGAUGGUGAAGCAGGAUUACUUUGAUAAUAUUGUCGUCAAGUACUUUAGGAUGUACAGCGAUUGUCCUCAAUAUUUAGACCGUAUGGUCUGGUUACAAGGGCUCUGCAGUUUGGGGUAUACAGCCGAAUCAUACAUACGCACGAUAUAUGGUGAUAAGACGAGGAACAGACACGAAAGACUUUGGGCAUCACUGGCCUGUGGGCACGAGAAUCGAGGAUAUGCGGCAUUGGAAACAUCAUUACCAAUUCUUUUGGAUGAGGAAGAAGAUCUUAAACUAAGGAUCGCAGCCUUGCACGAUAUCCUCAGCUCCGGUAUGAGAGAAAGUGACUUCCUCUUUAUCCACAAUUUUAUCUUAAGUUCUAGAAGUAAAGAGCUGCAAAGGUUCUGGUAUACUACAGUGAAGAGUUUGGAUAGUAAUAAGUACUUCAGCCAAUACAGGAAUGUAGCUGACUACGUACCAUUCGUGGCUAAAGAGGUGCGGAAUCCGGAUACGACUUACUGGGCUACUAAUAACUAUAUAGCGGUCAGUGGGGGUCCCUGGUUGCAGUUGAUGAGCGUCGGUGCCGAGCCAGCGCCCAGCUUUGCUGCCCUUACUUUGUCUUCGGGAGGUGCAAGGCCCUAUGUAGCGUCGGUAUAUAUAAUAGCAGAGGGUGUUGCAUCGAAUCUGUUCAAGAAAAUGUACAAGUUGAACUCGAGAAACGACAACGUUGAAAAGUUGGUCAAAGUUUUGGAAAAAAUGAAAGUUAUGAGUUUGAAAACACCAGAAGAGAUACACAUCGACAUUGUCGUCAAGAUUCACGACAAGACAGUCUACGCUACACAUGUCAAUCAGUCAAGAUUCGACAGUUGGAAUGAGGAGGAUAUUAAAAAAUCCGUCAUGGAGUUCUUGCGUUUUGGAAGUCACAUAAACCAGCAGCUCGCUUAUUAUCCUAUUCAAAUGGACGUUUUCUUACCGACUGAGUUAGGUACACCAAUCCGUCUACAGUCAUCAGUGGCUACGUUCACAUCGAUAAGAGGGAACAUCACGGCCCCCGUCGAGCCCGCUGACAUGUUGUACUGGAAGAACGACCUACAUAUACGAUAUCAAGCAACAAGUGUGACGUCAUUAUCAACAUCAGCACCACUGCUGCAAUCUCUUCAUAGUGUACGUCUGCAGCGCUCUCUUGUCACCCACCUACCCAUUAAGUUCAAGAUUGGCGUUGAACCGGUGAAGCAUAAGAGGAUUACUCUAACAUGGCCAGACCCGUUCGGACAACACGCUGGCAUAGCGAUACAUUCACGUGUGCAAAUAGAAAUGGAUUCGCAGAAGGGCGUAGAAGUCUUCUCGGUUCCUUCUAGCGGUGGAGAAGAUGACAGCGGAGUGUUCUUCGACUGUGAACGCAAAAUGUCUGGAGCUGAGGUGGUGGAAAAAUAUAUUAUGUCGAAGUUUAUAACUUAUGAUACGCUUCCAUCACAGCAAACAAUAUUAAACGCAGUGGAGCGCUUCAUGACGUCAUCCGGCUGUGGCCUGGUCAUCCCCCCCACCCGACCUCCCAGGGGAAUCAACGAGAUACUUCACGUCGCCUUCAACUUGAGCAAUACUGUGGAGUUUGACAAAAUGGAGUUAAUAAUUAAUACUGCUCUGCGUUAUUAUAAAAACAAGAACGACAGCGAUCGUGAGAUGUAUUUGAAGGUUGACGCAGAUGCGAAGGUCGAGUACAGCGGGCGAAAUGUUACGGUACAGUCCUUCCUGUACGUGAACCAGCCCUUGCGGGAUAACCCGGAUAAGCGGUUUUGGAAGCUGUGCUACUUCGAAGAUGAUACCAGCCACGCUGCCGCAGACCAGGAUUUAAACACCCACCCCGCAGCCUACCACGGCGUCACCACUAUCGCCUACCGCUCCUCACCGAACCACCAGCUCUGUACCACCACUGCUACCACUGGGGAUAGCCGCCUUACCGUAGAAUACCGUGGGACGCCCAAGUACAGUUAUGGAAACGUUGAAAGAUACGUUGAAGUCGAUAUCAAGGGACAGAACCUUCACGAAUUCGAUCUCCUCCCACUGCUGGGCUUAGGUCCAGGUACACCUAUCGCGCAACUCCUCGGAACGGUGGAUGUUAUUAACACUUCAGCGAUUAUCAGGGAAAAAGAUGGUAUAGCGUCGGUAGCUGUGAAUAAAGGCGCGGAGAUCCAAUUUGAAUCAGACAGUUUCGCUUGGCUCCUUGACAGCUGGACAGCUAUGCAGCUGAUGAAAAGAUUUGGCGUAUACCGCGAAUGUCGUCUUCAAGAGUCAACCGUUCAGACACUCUCCGGUAACGUGGACCAGCUACAGCUCCUGCAGUGUUCUGAGAGCCUGGUACUUGCUGACUGCUCUGAGACACCUAGUUUUGUAAUAUUGCGUAAACAAGAUGGCGGUAUCAUCAUGUAUGACGGCGAACACGCGUCCUACAACAGCGACGCUUCGAAAGCCAACAAAAAUACGGCUCUGAUACCAACGGACGACGGCGCUAAGGUGAUAUCAAACUCAACAGGCGUUAUUAUAUACAGACGUUACAAUGAAACGGUAAUACUGAUCCCGUCUUCCUACCUGCCAUCUGUGUGCGGGGAGUGCGCGGGUAGUGGGGAUUACAAUAACUGUUGAUAUAUAAAAAUAUAUACUUAUAAGUAAAAA